AUGGCGCCGAAUCUGCUAAAGGUCUCCAGUAUAUGUCUGAUUCAAAGUGUAAAGAGGGCCACUCUAAGAUUUGUGAAGUCCCAUGACUUCCAUGGCCGGAUCGGAGCAAUCCCGUACCCUCAGGAGAUUCCAGGUGGCCAGUGGGCAGAAUUCGUGCACUCCGGCUACGUUGGAAAGCCCCCUGGAUCUAUUGGCGCUGUCGUCUAUCGUUUCCCGAAUCCCUCCGGGAAAGACUGUGAUUGGAUGAUGUCUUGGUCCAACAAAUAUGGGGAUACCUCACGCAAGGUUUAUACUGAGAUCAACGUACAAGGCCAUUACGACAAUGAUGCUGUUUGGCCGGAAAUUCUAAGAAAAUUGAACAAGGGUACUAAGCACAGCGAGGCACGCUGGGCGAAGUGGUCAGCCACUGUCGAUGAGGUGCCAAAUGAAGACUGCGAUGAAUUUGCCAUAUUCCAGGGAAUAAUUCAAGCAAACCCGAACGAUUCGUCUUAG